AGUGAAGCAGCAGCUUGCCCAGCAGUCACCACCACAUCCUCCACUAUUUCCCUUAGCGUGCGUACUGGGAUCCAAGGACGUAGUUGCUAGCAAUGGCGCAUCUGCGGCUCCACGGCACCAUCGAUGCUACCAUCGUGGGGGCUGACAACCUCCAUGAUCGCUCGCGCCACACCGGCAAGGUCCCCGGUUUCCUCGGCAAUAUUGUGCAAGGUGUCCAGGAGACGACGGGUUUGGGCAAGGGCCUGCCGCGGAUGUACGCGGCCAUCUUCCUCGGCAGUGCAUGCGUCGCCCGGACGCGUACCAUCGCCGUCCCUGCCGCCGGAAGCGCGCGGUGGAACGAGCCGCUCCGCGCCUACUGCGCCCACCACGCGGCCGACGUCGUCAUCUCCGUCAUGAUCGAGCAGCUCGGCCUCGACGGCGACACCGUCCUCGGCCGCGCCUACCUGCCCGCCCGGGAGCUCCUCAGCGACGACACAACCAUCGACCGCUGGUUCGACGUCCUUGGCACCAACAGGAAGAAGCUCCCGGAUGGGCCCAAGAUACACGUGCAGAUCAGCUUCCGCGACGUCGCCGACCAAGGCCUGGCGUGGGGCGGCGGCGUUGGCGGCGGCGGCAGCUUCGGGGUGCCCCGCACCUUCUUCUCGCAGAGGCCGGGGUGCAGGGUCACCCUGUACCAGGACGCGCACGCGUCCGAGGAGUUCGAGCCCAAGAUCCAGCUCGACGGCGGCGGGCUCUACAAGCCUGGGCACUGCUGGGAGGACCUGUACGACGCCAUCAGCAACGCACGGCACCUGGUGUACAUCACCGGCUGGUCGGUGUUCCCCCACAUCACGCUCCUACGGGAGCGGGACGGCAAGCAGGAAACUCUUGGCGAGCUCCUGAAGCGCAAGGCCGGCGAGGGCGUGCAAGUGCUCAUGCUGGUGUGGAACGACGUCUCCUCCAUCGAUGGCUUGCUCGCCGGCCUCAUGGACACCAGGGACGAGCAGACGGCCAACUACUUCCAGGGCAGCCGCGUGCAGUGCGUCCUCUGCCCGAGGAACAUGUACGUCAGAGGCCACAUCUUCGACGCCAAGACGGACACGUUCGUCUACAGCCACCACCAGAAGGCCAUCGUCGUGGACCAGGAGCUGCCGCCUUUGUCGUCGGGCUCGGACGGCCGCCGCCAGAUCGUCAGCUUCCUCGGCGGCCUCGACGUGUGCCAUGGACGCUACGACACGCAGUCCCACUCCCUGUUCAGGACGCUGGGCGCGGGGCAGCCGCACGGCGACGACUUCAGCCAAGUCAACUUCAGCGACGAGGACGCCACGCUCGGCAAGGGCGGGCCCAGGGAGCCAUGGCACGACAUCCACGCCAAGGUCGAGGGCCCCGUCGCGUGGGACGUGCUCCACAACUUCGAGCAGCGCUGGAGGAAGAAAGGCGGCGGCGACAAGGAGCAACUGGUCGACCUCGCAGCCCUCGAGGGCAAGGUCGCGCCGGCCUCGUGGGCGGUCACGCUCCCCGGCGACCAGGAGGCGUGGAAUGUGCAGCUCUUCCGGUCCAUCGACAACAUCGACACCGUGGGCUUCCCCGACUCCAUGGAGGCCGCCUUCAAGGCCGGUCUCCUCCAGGACAAGCACCGGGUGUACGAGAGGAGCAUCCAGGACGCCUACAUCCACGCCAUACGUGCCGCCAAAAGCUUCAUCUACAUCGAGAACCAGUACUUCAUCGGCAGCUCCUUCCAGUGGAAGUCCCACGACGGCAUAGACCCGGGGGACGUCGGGGCGUGCCAGCUGAUCCCCAGAGAGCUCUCGCUCAAGAUCGUGAGGAAGAUCGAGGACGGCGAACGCUUCGCGGUCUACAUCGUGGUGCCCAUGUGGUCCGAAGGCGCCCCUACGGGCCGAUACAGGCAGGCGAUGCUGGACAACCAGAGGAGGACGAUGGCGUUGAUGUACGACGACAUCGCCGUUGCGCUGCAGGCCAAGAGGAUAGACGCCAACCCAAGUGACUACCUUACCUUCUUCUGCUUAGGGAACCGGGAGGCAAGCAACCCGAAGGGCGGCGAGUACCAGCCUCCGCACCGCCCGCAGGACGGGACGGACUAUGCCAGGGCGCAGAUGGCACGCCGGUUCAUGAUCUACGUUCACUCCAAGAUGAUGAUAGUUGAUGACGAGUACAUCAUUGUCGGAUCUGCCAACCUCAACGAGCGGUCCAUGGCGGGGUACAGGGACAGCGAGAUCGCUAUCGGCGCGUACCAGCCGCACCGCAUCACCAGUGGCGCCGAGCUCGCCAAGGGGCACGUCCAUGGCUUCCGGAUGUCGCUCUGGCACGAGCACCUCGGCAAGACGCACGAUGACUUCCUGCGCCCGGAAAGCCUAGAGUGCGUGCAGAGGGUCAACAAGAUGGCCGAUGAGUACUGGAGCCUCUACGUCGGCGACCAGCUGCCGGAAGACCUCCCAGGCCACCUGCUCACCUACCCCGUCUCGGUAGACAAGGCCGGCAAUGUCUCAGCGGUCACGGGAUUUGAAUUCUUCCCUGACACAGAGGCUCGCGUGCUUGGUGAGCCAACGGGAAUAAAAGAUUAUUUUCUGAGCACAUAGCUCCAGGUUUGCCGCUCCUAGCUUGUGUUGAUUAAUCCUGGCACCUCCGGGGUUUUUUUUUCGCAUCGUGUUAGCUAUCUUAGUUAGAAUUAAACUUAUUUGCCUACAAAUAUUGUCCUUUUUGUUGUUAUGUGUCGGCUCAUUUUCUCUAAGAUGCUUAUAUAAGUAAGGUGUGUGUGCAUUCACAUGAGUGAAUGCAUGUGCAUAUGUCUGA